AUGUCAGACUCCGAUCACCAGCAAGGUGACUGCAUUGGCGCCUCCCCGGGCGCAGAGCGCGGCAGUGAAUCAAAACCUUCCACCGUUACAGAUCCACAUCGUGUGGGGAAAUGUCGGCUGUGGUCAGGAUCCGCCAGGCUGAGGUCAAUAGAUAGCACCGCUCAUAAAAUCAACACCCUGAUCUCUAGCGCAAUUGGCCAGGACACCGCUCUCGGCUCCAUUGAAUAUCUAUCACACGCCCUCCAUUACUUUCUCCUCUCGAGAAUCUGGAGGAAACUAAAGGCUCGCCUUUAUGUUUUGUUGAAGGUGAUUUGCAGACGUAAAACUACACCAUGUCAACAUCGAUCCAGUCCUAAACCAGCCCGGACAACCCCGUGGUCACCGCUACUGUCACUUUCAACGUUGAUGUACGACACUCGUUGCGCUCUACGUCUCCUGGGAUUAUUCUCGAUAUGGACCUGGGGCUCGGAAACCGCAAAGGCUCCCCCAGUGGAUCGAAUUGUCCGAACAAUCACGCGGUUGCAGUUGUUGGCGACUACAUCGUACCAACUCUUGGAGAAUGUCGCUUUUCUCAUGUCGAAGGAUGUUUUACCGGAGCGAUUAUGGGGCAGGUUCGACGUUGACAAGCUGUAUUCGUGGAGUCUUCUUUCCCUGUGUGCACAUAUGACACUCCAGUUGGGCAAGCUUUGGCGGGAGAGUGUACUUAGAAAAGAGGAAGAUCGGAAACUAAGGUUAUCGACCAAUGGGAGCAUAAAGAUGAUUGACAAGGAAGAUGAAAAUGCGACUGAAGUCAGCGACAACAACACGGAAGUAUCAACACGACAAGAAGAAAUCACCGAAGCAAGGAAGAGCUUAAUAUCUAGCUUGACUUGGGGAGCAUUGUGUGCGCACUGGGGCAUGCCUACUGGAAUCGGGAUUCCGGAGGACUUCAUCGGGGCGUUGAGCUUUGUUGCUGAUGCUUGGGAUCUAAGGGAUACAUGGAAUUCAAUCGAAGUUUCAUAA